AUGCACAAGACACUCUUCGCUUCUGAUGUGAGACGCAAUAACAAUCGUUUGUCAAUGCCGGUAAACGAGAUCAGAUGCGAUUUUCUGAACGAGCAAGAGAUUGCACAGUUGAAUGAAAGAGACAGUGGAAAAAUUAUUGGCUUAAUGGUGACUGUGUUGGAUCCUUGUCUUAGAGAAUACGUUCUGCCAUUGAAGAAAUGGACCAUGAACACAAUCACUUACAACCUCGUCAAGGAAUGGUACCAAAUCGUCUGCGACAACAAUUUCCAGGAAAGUCAAGAAUUACAGAUAUGGAGCUUUAGGACUACGAAUAAGCUGUAUGUCAUCUUGAACAAACUUUGA